AUGCUAGCAACGCAGCAGAGCGUGCUAGCAACGCAGCAGAGCGUGCUAUUCUUGCUUUCCAUCACCCCGCCCCAUUCUCUCGAUUUCCAUCACCCCGCCCCAUUCUCCCGCUUUCCAUCACCCCACCCCAUUCUCCCUCUUUCCAUCACCCCGCCCUAUUCUCCCUCUUUCCAUCACCCAACCCAUUUCUCCCUCUUUCCAUCAUCGCGCCCCAUUCUCCCGCUUUCCAUCACCCCGCCCCGUUCUCCCGCUUUCCAUAAUCCCGCCCCGUUCUCCCGCUUUCCAUCACCCCGCCCCAUUCUCCCGCUUUCCAUCACCCCGACCCGUUCUCCCGCUUUCCAUCACCCCGCCCCGUUCUCCCGCUUUCCAUCACCCCACCCAAUUCUCCCGCUUUCCAUCAACCCGCCCCAAUCUCCCGCUUUCCAUCACCCUGCCCCAUUCUCCCUCUUUCCAUCACUCCGCCCCGUUCUCCCGAUUUCCAUCACCCAGCCCCAUUCUCCCGCUUUCCAUCACCCCGCCCCAUUCUCCCUCUUUCCAUCACCCCGCCCCAUUCACCCGCUUUCCAUCACCCCGCCCCAUUCUCCCACUUUCCAUCCCCCCGCCCCAUUCUCCCUCUUUCCAUCACCCCACCCCAUUCUCCCGCUUUCCAUCACCCCGCCCCAUUCUCCCGCUUUCCAUCACCCCACCCCAUUCUCCCGCUUUCCAUCACCCCGCCCCAUUCUCCCGCUUUCCAUCACCCGCCCCAUUUUCCCUCUUUCCAUCACCUCGCCCCAUUCUCCUGCUUUCCAUCACCCCGCCCCAUUCUCCCGCUUUCCAUCACACCGCCCCGUUCUCCUGCUUUCCAUCACCCAGCCCCAUUCUCCCUCUUUCCAUCACCCAGCCCUAUUCUCCCUCUUUCCAUCACCCAGCCCUAUUCUCCCUCUUUCCAUCACCCCGCCCCAUUCUCCCACUUUCCAUCUCCCGGCCCCAUUCUCCCUCUUUCCAUCACCCUGCCCCAUUCUCCCGCUUUCCAUCACCUGGCCCCGUUCUCCCUCUUUCCAUCACCCCGCCCCGUUCUUCCUCUUUCCAUCACCCUGCCCCGUUCUCCCUCUUUCCAUCACCCCGCCCCGUUCUCCCUUUUUAUAUCACCCCCCCCCAUUCUCCCUCUUUUCAUCACCCCGCCCCAUUCUCCCGCUUUCCAUCACCCCGCCCCAUUCUCCCGCUUUCCAUCACCCCGCCCCAAUCUCCCACUUUCCAUCACCCCGCCCCAUUCUCCCGCUUUCCAUCAACCCGCCCCAUUCUCCCUCUUUCCAUCACCCCGCCCCAUUCUCCCGCUUUCCAUCACCCCGCCCCAUUCUCCCACUUUCCAUCACCCCGCCCCAUUCUCUUGCUUUCCAUCACCCCGCCCCAUUCUCCCGCUUUCCAUCACCCCGCCCCAUUUUCCCGCUUUCCAUCACCCCGCCCCAUUCUCCCUCUUUCCAUCACCCCGCCCCAUUCUCCCGCUUUCCAUCACCCCGCCCCAUUUUCCCUCUUUCCAUCACCCCGCCCUAUUCUCCCUAUUUCCAUCACCCCGCCCCAUUCUCCUUCUUUCCAUCACCCCGCCCUAUUCUCCCUCUUUCCAACACCCCGCUCAGUUCUCCCGCUUUCCAUCACCCCGCCCUGUUCUCCCGCUUUCCAUCACCCCGCCCUGUUCUCCCGCUUUCCAUCAGCCCGCCCCGUUCUCCCUCUUUCCAUCACCCGCCCCGUUCUCCCGCUUUCCAUCACCCCGCCCUAUUCUCCCUCUAUCCAUCACCCGGCCCAUUUCUCCCUCUUUCCAUCACCUCGCCCCAUUCUCCCUCUUUCCAUCACCCCGCCCUAUUCUCCCUCUUUCCAUCACCCCAUUUCUCCCUCUUUCCAUCACCCCGCCCCAUUCUCCCUCUUUCCAUCACCCGGCCCCAUUCUCCCGCUUUCCAUCACCCCACCCCAUUCUACCGUUUUCCAUCACCCCGCCCCAUUCUCCCGCUUUCCAUCACCCCGCCCCAUUCUACCGUUUUCCAUCACCCCGCCCCAUUCUCCCGCUUUCCAUCACCCCGCCCUAUUCUCCCUCUUUCCAUCACCCCAUUUCUCCCUCUUUCCAUCACCCCGCCCCAUUCUCCCGCUUUCCAUCACCCCGCCCCGUUCUCCCGCUUUCCAUCACCCCGCCCCGUUCUCCCGCUGUCCAUCACCCCGCCCCGUUCUCCCGCUUUCCAUCACCCCGCCCUAUUCUCCCUCUAUCCAUCACCCGCCCCGUUCUCCCGCUUUCCAUCACCCCCCCCUAUUCUCCAUCUUUCCAUCACCCCGCCCCAUUCUCUUGCUUUCCAUCACCCCGCCCAUUCUCCCGCUUUCCAUCAUCCUGCCCCAUUCUCCCUCUUUCCAUCACCCCGCCCUAUUCUCCCUCUUUCCAUCACCCAGCCCAUUUCUCCCUCUUUCCAUCACCCCGCCCCAUUCUCCCUCUUUCCAUCACCCCGCCCUAUUCUCCCUCUUUCCAUCACCCGGCUCAUUUCUCCCUCUUUCCAUCACCCCGCCCCAUUCUCCCUCUUUACGUCACCCCGCCCUAUUCUCCCUCUUUCCAUCACCCCGCCCCGUUCUCCCGCUUUCCAUCACCCCGCCCCAUUCUCCCUCUUUCCAUCACCCAUUCUCCCGCUUUCCACCACCCCGCCCCAUUCUCCCUCUUUCGAUCACCCCUCCCAAUUCUCCCUCUUUCCAUCACCCCGCCCCAUUCUCCCACUUUCCAUCACCCCGCCCCAUUCUCCCACUUUCCAUGACCCCGCCCCAUUCUCCCUCUUUCCAUCACCCCGCCCCACUCUCCCUCUUUCAUUCGCCCCGCCCCGUUCUCCCAUUUUCCAUCGCCCAGCCCCAUUCUCCCGAUUUCCAUCACCCAGCCCCAUUCUCCCUCUUUCCAUCACCCUGCCCCAUUCUCUCGCUUUCCAUCUCCCCGCCCCAUUCUCCCUCUUUCCAUCACCCAGCCCCAUUCUCCCUCUUUCCAUCAUCCCGCCCCGUUCUCCCGCUUUCCAUCACCCCGCCCCAUUAUCCCGCUUUCCAUCACCCCGACCCGUUCUCCCGCUUUCCAUCACCCCGCCCCGUUCUCCCGCUUUCCAUCACCCCGCCCCAUUCUCCCGCUUUCCAUCACCCCGCCCCGAUGUCCCGCUUUCCAUCACCCCGACCCGUUCUCCCGCUUUCCAUCACCCUGCCCCAUUCUCCCGCUUUCCAUCACCCCGACCCAUUCUCCCUCUUUCCAUCACCUCACCCCAUUCUCCCGCUUUCCAUCACCCCGCCCCAUUCUCCCGCUUUCCAUCACCCCGCCCCGUUCUCCCGCUUUCCAUCACCCCGCCCCAUUCUCCUGCUUUCCAUCACCCCGCCCCAUUCUCCCGCUAUCCAUCACCCAGCCCCAUUCUCCCUCUUUCCAUCACCCAGCACCAUUCUCCCUCUUUCUAUCACCCCGCCCCAUUCUCCCGCUUUCCAUCUCCCCGCCCCAUUCUCCCUCUUUCCAUCACCCCGCCCCAUUCUCCCGCUUUCCAUCACCCGGCCCCGUUCUCCCUCUUUCCAUCACACCGCCCCGUUCUCCCUCUUUCCAUCACCCCGCCCCGUUCUCCCUCUUUCCAUCACCCCGCCCCAUUCUCCCUCUUUCAAUCACCCCGCCCCGUUUUCCCUUUUUCCAUCACCCCGCCCCAUUCUCCCUCUUUUCAUCACCCCGCCCCAUUCUCCCUCUUUCCAUCACCCAGCCCCAUUCUCCCGCAUUCCAUUACCCCGCCCCAUUCUCCCGCUUUCUAUCACCCCCCCCCAAUCUCCCACUUUCCAUCACCCCGCCCCAUUCUCCCGCAUUCCAUCACCCCGCCCCAUUCUCCCUCUUUCCAUCACCCCGCCCCAUUCUCCCGCUUUCCAUCACCCCACCCCAUUCUCCCACUUUCCAUCACCCCGCCCCAUUUUCUUGCUUUCCAUCACCCCGCCCCAUUCUCCCGCUUUCCAUCACCCCGCCCCAUUCUCCCACUUUCCAUCACCCCGCCUCAUUCUCUUGCUUUCCAUCACCUCGCCCCAUUCUCCCGCUUUCCAUCACCCCGCCCCAUUCUCCCUCUUUCCUUCACCCCGCUCUAUUCUCCCUCUUUCCAUCACCCGCCCCAUUCUCCCUCUUUCCAUCACCCCGCCCUGUUCUCCCGCUUUCCAUCACCCCGCCCUGUUCUCCCGCUUUCCAUCAGCCCGCCCCGUUCUCCCUCUUUCCAUCACCCGCCCCGUUCUCCCGCUUUCCAUCACCCUGCCCUAUUCUCCCUCUAUCCAUCACCCGGCCCAUUUCUCCCUCUUUCCAUCACCUCGCCCCAUUCUCCCUCUUUCCAUCACCCCGCCCUAUUCUCCCUCUUUCCAUCACCCCAUUUCUCCCUCUUUCCAUCACCCCGCCCCAUUCUCCCUCUUUCCAUCACCCGGCCCCAUUCUCCCGCUUUCCAUCACCCCACCCCAUUCUACCGUUUUCCAUCACCCCGCCCCAUUCUCCCGCUUUCCAUCACCCCGCCCCAUUCUACCGUUUUCCAUCACCCCGCCCCAUUCUCCCGCUUUCCAUCACCCCGCCCUAUUCUCCCUCUUUCCAUCACCCCAUUUCUCCCUCUUUCCAUCACCCCGCCCCAUUCUCCCGCUUUCCAUCACCCCGCCCCGUUCUCCCGCUUUCCAUCACCCCGCCCCGUUCUCCCGCUGUCCAUCACCCCGCCCCGUUCUCCCGCUUUCCAUCACCCCGCCCUAUUCUCCCUCUAUCCAUCACCCGCCCCGUUCUCCCGCUUUCCAUCACCCCCCCCUAUUCUCCAUCUUUCCAUCACCCCGCCCCAUUCUCUUGCUUUCCAUCACCCCGCCCAUUCUCCCGCUUUCCAUCAUCCUGCCCCAUUCUCCCUCUUUCCAUCACCCCGCCCUAUUCUCCCUCUUUCCAUCACCCAGCCCAUUUCUCCCUCUUUCCAUCACCCCGCCCCAUUCUCCCUCUUUCCAUCACCCCGCCCUAUUCUCCCUCUUUCCAUCACCCGGCUCAUUUCUCCCUCUUUCCAUCACCCCGCCCCAUUCUCCCUCUUUACGUCACCCCGCCCUAUUCUCCCUCUUUCCAUCACCCCGCCCCGUUCUCCCACUUUCCAUCACCCCGCCCCAUUCUCCCUCUUUCCAUCACCCAUUCUCCCGCUUUCCACCACCCCGCCCCAUUCUCCCUCUUUCGAUCACCCCUCCCCAUUCUCCCUCUUUCCAUCACCCCGCCCCAUUCUCCCACUUUCCAUCACCCCGCCCCAUUCUCCCACUUUCCAUGACCCCGCCCCAUUCUCCCUCUUUCCAUCACCCCGCCCCACUCUCCCUCUUUCAUUCGCCCCGCCCCGUUCUCCCAUUUUCCAUCGCCCAGCCCCAUUCUCCCGAUUUCCAUCACCCAGCCCCAUUCUCCCUCUUUCCAUCACCCUGCCCCAUUCUCUCGCUUUCCAUCUCCCCGCCCCAUUCUCCCUCUUUCCAUCACCCAGCCCCAUUCUCCCUCUUUCCAUCAUCCCGCCCCGUUCUCCCGCUUUCCAUCACCCCGCCCCGUUCUCCCACUUUCCAUCACCCCGCCCCGUUCUCCCGCUUUCCAUCACCCCGCCCCAUUAUCCCGCUUUCCAUCACCCCGACCCGUUCUCCCGCUUUCCAUCACCCCGCCCCGUUCUCCCGCUUUCCAUCACCCCGCCCCAUUCUCCCGCUUUCCAUCACCCCGCCCCGAUGUCCCGCUUUCCAUCACCCCGACCCGUUCUCCCGCUUUCCAUCACCCUGCCCCAUUCUCCCGCUUUCCAUCACCCCGACCCAUUCUCCCUCUUUCCAUCACCUCACCCCAUUCUCCCGCUUUCCAUCACCCCGCCCCAUUCUCCCGCUUUCCAUCACCCCGCCCCGUUCUCCCGCUUUCCAUCACCCCGCCCCAUUCUCCUGCUUUCCAUCACCCCGCCCCAUUCUCCCGCUAUCCAUCACCCAGCCCCAUUCUCCCUCUUUCCAUCACCCAGCCCCAUUCUCCCUCUUUCUAUCACCCCGCCCCAUUCUCCCGCUUUCCAUCUCCCCGCCCCAUUCUCCCUCUUUCCAUCACCCCGCCCCAUUCUCCCGCUUUCCAUCACCCGGCCCCGUUCUCCCUCUUUCCAUCACACCGCCCCGUUCUCCCUCUUUCCAUCACCCCGCCCCGUUCUCCCUCUUUCCAUCACCCCGCCCCAUUCUCCCUCUUUCAAUCACCCCGCCCCCCCCAUUCUCCCGCAUUCCAUUACCCCGCCCCAUUCUCCCGCUUUCUAUCACCCCCCCCCAAUCUCCCACUUUCCAUCACCCCGCCCCAUUCUCCCGCAUUCCAUCACCCCGCCCCAUUCUCCCUCUUUCCAUCACCCCGCCCCAUUCUCCCGCUUUCCAUCACCCCACCCCAUUCUCCCACUUUCCAUCACCCCGCCCCAUUUUCUUGCUUUCCAUCACCCCGCCCCAUUCUCCCGCUUUCCAUCACCCCGCCCCAUUCUCCCACUUUCCAUCACCCCGCCUCAUUCUCUUGCUUUCCAUCACCUCGCCCCAUUCUCCCGCUUUCCAUCACCCCGCCCCAUUCUCCCUCUUUCCUUCACCCCGCUCUAUUCUCCCUCUUUCCAUCACCCGCCCCAUUCUCCCUCUUUCCAUCACCCCGCCCUGUUCUCCCGCUUUCCAUCACCCCGCCCUGUUCUCCCGCUUUCCAUCAGCCCGCCCCGUUCUCCCUCUUUCCAUCACCCGCCCCGUUCUCCCGCUUUCCAUCACCCUGCCCUAUUCUCCCUCUAUCCAUCACCCGGCCCAUUUCUCCCUCUUUCCAUCACCUCGCCCCAUUCUCCCUCUUUCCAUCACCCCGCCCUAUUCUCCCUCUUUCCAUCACCCCAUUUCUCCCUCUUUCCAUCACCCCGCCCCAUUCUCCCUCUUUCCAUCACCCGGCCCCAUUCUCCCGCUUUCCAUCACCCCACCCCAUUCUACCGUUUUCCAUCACCCCGCCCCAUUCUCCCGCUUUCCAUCACCCCGCCCCAUUCUACCGUUUUCCAUCACCCCGCCCCAUUCUCCCGCUUUCCAUCACCCCGCCCUAUUCUCCCUCUUUCCAUCACCCCAUUUCUCCCUCUUUCCAUCACCCCGCCCCAUUCUCCCACUUUCCAUCACCCCGCCCCGUUCUCCCGCUUUCCAUCACCCCGCCCCGUUCUCCCGCUGUCCAUCACCCCGCCCCGUUCUCCCGCUUUCCAUCACCCCGCCCUAUUCUCCCUCUAUCCAUCACCCGCCCCGUUCUCCCGCUUUCCAUCACCCCCCCCUAUUCUCCAUCUUUCCAUCACCCCGCCCCAUUCUCUUGCUUUCCAUCACCCCGCCCAUUCUCCCGCUUUCCAUCAUCCUGCCCCAUUCUCCCUCUUUCCAUCACCCCGCCCUAUUCUCCCUCUUUCCAUCACCCAGCCCAUUUCUCCCUCUUUCCAUCACCCCGCCCCAUUCUCCCUCUUUCCAUCACCCCGCCCUAUUCUCCCUCUUUCCAUCACCCGGCUCAUUUCUCCCUCUUUCCAUCACCCCGCCCCAUUCUCCCUCUUUACGUCACCCCGCCCUAUUCUCCCUCUUUCCAUCACCCCGCCCCGUUCUCCCACUUUCCAUCACCCCGCCCCAUUCUCCCUCUUUCCAUCACCCAUUCUCCCGCUUUCCACCACCCCGCCCCAUUCUCCCUCUUUCGAUCACCCCUCCCCAUUCUCCCUCUUUCCAUCACCCCGCCCCAUUCUCCCACUUUCCAUCACCCCGCCCCAUUCUCCCACUUUCCAUGACCCCGCCCCAUUCUCCCUCUUUCCAUCACCCUGCCCCACUCUCCCUCUUUCAUUCGCCCCGCCCCGUUCUCCCAUUUUCCAUCGCCCAGCCCCAUUCUCCCGAUUUCCAUCACCCAGCCCCAUUCUCCCUCUUUCCAUCACCCUGCCCCAUUCUCUCGCUUUCCAUCUCCCCGCCCCAUUCUCCCUCUUUCCAUCACCCAGCCCCAUUCUCCCUCUUUCCAUCAUCCCGCCCCGUUCUCCCGCUUUCCAUCACCCCGCCCCGUUCUCCCACUUUCCAUCACCCCGCCCCGUUCUCCCGCUUUCCAUCACCCCGCCCCAUUAUCCCGCUUUCCAUCACCCCGACCCGUUCUCCCGCUUUCCAUCACCCCGCCCCGUUCUCCCGCUUUCCAUCACCCCGCCCCAUUCUCCCGCUUUCCAUCACCCCGCCCCGAUGUCCCGCUUUCCAUCACCCCGACCCGUUCUCCCGCUUUCCAUCACCCUGCCCCAUUCUCCCGCUUUCCAUCACCCCGACCCAUUCUCCCUCUUUCCAUCACCUCACCCCAUUCUCCCGCUUUCCAUCACCCCGCCCCAUUCUCCCGCUUUCCAUCACCCCGCCCCGUUCUCCCGCUUUCCAUCACCCCGCCCCAUUCUCCUGCUUUCCAUCACCCCGCCCCAUUCUCCCGCUAUCCAUCACCCAGCCCCAUUCUCCCUCUUUCCAUCACCCAGCCCCAUUCUCCCUCUUUCUAUCACCCCGCCCCAUUCUCCCGCUUUCCAUCUCCCCGCCCCAUUCUCCCUCUUUCCAUCACCCCGCCCCAUUCUCCCGCUUUCCAUCACCCGGCCCCGUUCUCCCUCUUUCCAUCACACCGCCCCGUUCUCCCUCUUUCCAUCACCCCGCCCCGUUCUCCCUCUUUCCAUCACCCCGCCCCAUUCUCCCUCUUUCAAUCACCCCGCCCCGUUUUCCCUUUUUCCAUCACCCCGCCCCAUUCUCCCUCUUUUCAUCACCCCGCCCCAUUCUCCCUCUUUCCAUCACCCAGCCCCAUUCUCCCGCAUUCCAUUACCCCGCCCCAUUCUCCCGCUUUCUAUCACCCCCCCCCAAUCUCCCACUUUCCAUCACCCCGCCCCAUUCUCCCGCAUUCCAUCACCCCGCCCCAUUCUCCCUCUUUCCAUCACCCCGCCCCAUUCUCCCGCUUUCCAUCACCCCACCCCAUUCUCCCACUUUCCAUCACCCCGCCCCAUUUUCUUGCUUUCCAUCACCCCGCCCCAUUCUCCCGCUUUCCAUCACCCCGCCCCAUUCUCCCACUUUCCAUCACCCCGCCUCAUUCUCUUGCUUUCCAUCACCUCGCCCCAUUCUCCCGCUUUCCAUCACCCCGCCCCAUUCUCCCUCUUUCCUUCACCCCGCUCUAUUCUCCCUCUUUCCAUCACCCGCCCCAUUCUCCCUCUUUCCAUCACCCCGCCCUAUUCUCCCUCUUUCCAUCACCCCGCCCAGUUCUCCCGCUUUCCAUCACCCCGUCCUGUUCUCCGGCUUUCCAUCACCCCGUCCUAUUCUCCCUCUUUCCAUCACCCAACCCAUUUCUCCCUCUUUCCAUCAUCGCGCCCCAUUCUCCCUCUUUCCAUCACCCCGCCCUAUUCUUCCUCUUUCCAUCACCCCGCCCCGUUCUCCCGCUUUCCAUCACCCCGCCCCGUUCUCCCGCUUUCCAUCAUCCCGCCCCGUUCUCCCGCUUUCCAUCACCCCGCCCCAUUCUCCCGCUUUCCAUCACCCCGACCCGUUCUCCCGCUUUCCAUCACCCCACCCCAUUCUCCCGCUUUCCAUCACCCCGCCCCGAUCUCCCGCUUUCCAUCACCCUGCCCCAUUCUCCCUCUUUCCAUCACCCGCCCCGUUCUCCCGCUUUCCAUCACCCAGCCCCAUUCUCCCGCUUUCCAUCACCCCGCCCCAUUCUCCCUCUUUCCAUCACCCCGCCCCAUUCACCCGCUUUCCUUCACCCCGCCCCAUUCUCCCGCUUUCCAUCACCCCGCCCCAUUCUCCCUCUUUCCAUCACCCCGCCCCAUUCUCUUGCUUUCCAUCACCCCGCCCAUUCUCCCGCUUUCCAUCACCCCGCCCCAUUCUCCCUCUUUCCAUCACCCCGCCCUAUUCUCCCUGUUUCCAUCACCCAGCCCAUUUCUCCCUGUUUCCAUCACCCCGCCCCAUUAUCCCUCUUUCCAUCACCCCGCCCUGUUCUCCCGCUUUCCAUCACCCCGCCCCAUUCUCCCUCUUUCCAUAACCCAUUCUCCCGUUUUCCACCACCCCGCCCCAUUCUCCCUCUUUCCAUCACCCCUCCCCAUUCUCCCUCUUUCCAUCACCCCGCCCCAUUCUCCCGCUUUCCAUCACCCCGCCCCAUUCUCCCUCUUUCCAUCACCCAGCCCCAUUCCCCCUCUUUCCAUCACCCAGCCCCGUUCUCCCCUUCUAUCACCCCGCCCCAUUCUCCCACUUUCCAUCACCCAGCCCCAUUCUCCCGCUUUCCAUCACCUCGCCACAUUCUCCCUCUUUCCAUCACCACGCCCCAUUCUCCCUCUUUCCAUCACCACGCCCCAUUCUCCCUCUUUCCAUCACCCCGCCCCAUUCUCCCGCUUUCCAUCUCCCCGCCCCAUUCUCCCGCUUUCCAUCACCCCGCCCCAUUCUCCCGCUUUCCAUCACCCCGCCCCAUUCUCUCUCUUUUCAUCACCCCGCCCUAUUCUCCCUCUUUCCAUCACCCCGCCCCAUUCUCCCGCUUUCCAUCACCCUGCCCCAUUCUCCCGCUUUCCAUCACCCCACCCCAUUCUCCCGCUUUCCAUCACAGCGCCCCAUUCUCCCGCUUUCCAUCACCCCGCCCCAUUCUCCCUCUUUCCAUCACCCCUCCCCAUUCUCCCUCUUUCCAUCACCCCGCCCCAUUCUCCCGCUUUCCAUCACACCGCCCCAUUCUCCCUCUUUCCAUCGCCCAGCCCCAUUCUCCCUCUUUCCAUCACCCAGCCCCAUUCUCCCUCUUUCUAUCACCCCGCCCCAUUCUCCCACUUUCCAUCACCCAGCUUCAUUCUCCCGCUUUCCAUCACCCAGCCCCAUUCUCCCUCUUUCCAGGCCGGGUCCUCUGGGCCGGGUCCCCAUUCUCCCAGGCCGGUGUCGGCCUCCGGCGAUGAGGGGAGUCGUGGGGCGUCGCCUGUGGCGCCAGCCAAGAGCAUCGCCGGUGGCCGACGUGACGCCCAGCCAAUCGCGGAGAAGAGGACCGUGGAGGAGACCGCGAAGAAAACCGCGACGGGCACCGCGAAGGGCACCGCGGAGGACACCGCGAAAACCGCGAAGGAGACCGCGGACGAGACCGCGGACGAGACCGCGGACGAGACCGCGGACGAGACCGCGGACGAGACCGCGGAGGAGAUCGCGGAGGAGACCGCGAAGAAGCCCACGGAGGAAACCGCGGAGCAUUAUCUCCGCACCAUUCUCCCGCUUUCCAUCACCCAGCCCCAUUCUCCCUCUUUCAAUCACCCCGCCCCAUUCACCCGCUUUCCAUCACCCCGCCCCAUUCUCCCGCUUUCCAUCACCCCGCCCCAUUCUCCCGCUUUCCAUCACCCCGCCCCAUUCUCCCGCUUUCCGUCACCCCGCCCCGUUCUCCCGCUUUCCAUCACCCCGCCCCAUUCUCCCGCUUUCCAUCACCCCGCCCCAUUCUCCCGCUUUCCAUCACCCCGCCCCAUUCUCCCGCUUUCCAUCACCCCGCCCCAUUCUCCCGCUUUCCAUCACCCCGCCCCAUUCUCCCGCUUUCCAUCACCCCGCCCCUUUCUCCCGCUUUCCAUCACCCCGCCCCAUUCUCCCGCUUUCCAUCACCCCACCCCAUUCUCCCGUUUUCUAUCACCCCGCCCCGUUCUCCCGCUUUCCAUCACCCCGCCCCAUUCUCCCGCUUUCCAUCAACCCGCCCCAUUCUCCCGUUUUCCAUCACCCCGCUCCAUUCUCCCGCUUUCCAUCACCCCGCCCCAUUCUCCCGCUUUCCAUCACCCCGCCCCAUUCUCCCGCUUUCCAUCACCCCGCCCCAUUCUCCCGCUUUCCAUCACCCGCCCCGUUCUCCCGCUUUCCAUCACCCCGCCCUAUUCUCCCUCUUUCCAUCACCCGGCCCGUUUCUCCCUCUUUCCAUCACCCCGCCCCAUUCUCCCUCUUUCCAUCACCCCGCCCUGUUCUCCCUCUUUCCAUCACCCAGCCCAUUUCUCCCUCUUUCCAUCACCCCGCCCCAUUCUCCCGCUUUCCAUCACCCCGCUCCGAUCUCCCGAUUUCCAUCACCCCGCCCUAUUCUCCCUCUUUCCAUCACCCAGGCCAUUUUUAACCCUCUUUCCAUCACCCUGCCCCAUUCUCCCUCUUUCCAUCACCCCGCCCCGUUCUCCCGCUUUCCAUCACCCCGCCCCAUUCUCCCUCUUUCCAUCACCCAUUCUCCCGCUUUCCACCACCCCGCCCCAUUCUCCCUCUUUCCAUCACCCCUCCCCAUUCUCCCUCUUUCCAUCACCCCGCCCCAUUCUCCCGCUUUCCAUCACCCCGCCCCAUUCUCCCGCUUUCCAUCUCCCCGCCCCAUUCUCCCGCUUUCCAUCACCCCGCCCCAUUCUCCCGCUUUCCGUCACCCCGCCCCAUUCUCUCUCUUUCCAUCACCCCGCCCUAUUCUCCCUCUUUCCAUCACCCCGCCCAAUUCUCCCGCUUUCCAUCACCCCGCCCCAUUCUCCCGCUUUCCAUCACCCCGCCCCAUUCUCACUCUUUCCAUCACAGCGCCCCAUUCUCCCGCUUUCCAUCACCCCGCCCCAUUCUCCCUCUUUCCAUCACCCCUCCCCAUUCUCCCUCUUUCCAUCACCCCGCCCCAUUCUCCCGCUUUCCAUCACACCGCCCCAUUCUCCCUCUUUCCAUCGCCCAGCCCCAUUCUCCCUCUUUCCAUCACCCAGCCCCAUUCUCCCUCUUUCCAUCACCCCUCCCCAUUCUCCCUCUUUCUAUCACCCCGCCCGAUUCUCCCACUUUCCAUCACCCAGCCCCAUUCUCCCGCUUUCCAUCACACAGCCCCAUUUUCCCUCUUUCCAUCACCAGACCCCAUUCUCCCUCUUUCCAUCACCACGCCCCAUUCUCCCACUUUCCAUCACCCCGCCUUAUUCUCUUUCUUUCCAUCACCCCGGCCCAUUCUCCCGCUUUCCAUCACCCCGCCCCAUUCUCCCGCUUUCCAUCACCCCGCCCCAUUCUCCCGCUUUCCAUCACCCCGCCCCAUUUUCCCUCUUUCCAUCACCCCGCCCUAUUCUCCCUCUUUCCAUCACCCCGCCCCAUUUUCCCGCUUUCCAUCACCCUGCCCCAUUCUCCCGCUUUCCAUCACCCCGCCCCAUUCUCCCGCUUUCCAUCACCCCACCCCAUUCUCCCGCUUUCCAUCACCCCGCCCCAUUCUCCCGCUUUCCAUCACCCCGCCCCAUUCUCCCGCUUUCCAUCACCCCGCCCCGUUCUCCCGCUUUCCAUCACCCCGCCCCGUUCUCCCGCUUUCCAUCACCCCGCCCCAUUCUCCCGCUUUCCAUCACCCCGCCCCGUUCUCCCGCUUUCCAUCACCCCGCCCCUUUCUCCCGCUUUCCAUCACCCCGCCCCAUUCUCCCGCUUUCCAUCACCCCGCCCCAUUCUCCCGCUUUCCAUCGCCCCGCCCCAUUCUCCCGCUUUCCAUCACCCCGCCCCAUUCUCCCGCUUUCCAUCACCCCGCCCCGUUCUCCCGCUUUCCACCACCCCGCCCCGUUCUCUCGCUUUCCAUCACCCCGCCCCAUUCUCCCGCUUUCCAUCACCCCGCCCAAUUCUCCCGCUUUCCAUCACCCCGCCCCAUUCUCCCGCUUUCCAUCACCCGGCCCCAUUCUCCUGCUUUCCAUCACCCCGCCCCUUUCUCCCGCUUUCCAUCACCCCGCCCCAUUCUCCCGCUCUCCAUCACCCCGCCCCAUUUUCCCUCUUUCCAUCACCCCGCCCUAUUCUCCCUCUUUCCAUCACCCCGCCCCAUUUUUCCGCUUUCCAUCACCCCGCCCCAUUCUCCCGCUUUCCAUCACCCCUGCCCAUUCUCCCGCUUUCCAUCACCCCGCCCCAUUCCCCCGCUUUCCAUCACCCCGCCCCAUUCUCCCGCUUUCCAUCACCCCGCCCGAUUCUCCCGCUUUCCAUCACCCCGCCCGAUUCUCCCGCGUUCCAUCACCCCGCCCCAUUCUCCCGCUUUCCAUCACCCCGCCCCGUUCUCCCGCUUUCCAUCACCCCGCCCCGUUCUCCCGCUUUCCAUCACCCCGCCCCGUUCUCUCGCUUUCCAUCCACCCGCCCCAUUCUCCCGCUUUCCAUCACCCCGCCCCAUUCUCCCGCUUUCCAUCACCCCGCCCCAUUCUCCCGCUUUCCAUCACCCCGCCCCAUUCUCCCGCUUUCCAUCACCCCGCCCCAUUCUCCCUCUUUCCAUCACCCCGCCGCAUUCUCCCGCUUUCCAUCACCCAGCCCCAUUCUCCCGCUUUCCAUCACCCAGCCCCAUUCUCCCUCUUUCAAUCACCCCGCCCCAUUCUCCCUCUUUCCAUCACCCCGCCCCAUUCUCCCUUUUUCCAUCACCCCACCCCAUUCUCCCUCUUUCCAUCACCCAGCCCCAUUCUCCCUCUUUCCAUCACCCCGCCCCAUUCUCCCGCUUUCCAUCACCCCGCCCCAUUCUCCCGCUUUCCAUCGCCCCGCCCCAUUUUCCAGUUUUCCAUCGCCCCGCCCCAUUCUCCCGCAUUCCAUCGCCCCGCCCCAUUCUUCCGCUUUCCAUCACCCCGCCCCAUUCUCCCGCUUUCCAUCACCCCGCUCCAUUCUCCCGCUUUCCAUCACCCCGCCCCAUUCUCCCGCUUUCCAUCACCCCGCCCCAUUUUCCCGUUUUCCAUCACCCCGCCCCAUUCUCCCGCUUUCCAUCACCCCGCCCCAUUCACCCGCUUUCCAUCCCCCCCAUUCUCCCGCUUUCCAUCACCCCGCCCCAUUCUCCCGCUUUCCAUCAGCCCGCCCCAUUCUCCCGCUUUCCAUCACCCCGCCCCGUUCUCCCGCUUUCCAUCACCCCGCCCCAUUCUCCCGCUUUCCAUCACCCCGCCCCAUUCUCCCGCUUUCCAUCACCCCGCCCCAUUCUCCCGCUUUCCAUCACCCCGCCCCAUUCUCCCGCUUUCCAUCACCCCUGCCCAUUCUCCCGCUUUCCAUCACCCCGCCCCAUUCCCCCGCUUUCCAUCACCCCGCCCCAUUCUCCCGCUUUCCAUCACCCCGCCCGAUUCACCCGCUUUCCAUCCCCCCCAUUCUCCCGCUUUCCAUCACCCCGCCCGAUUCUCCCGCGUUCCAUCACCCCGCCCCAUUCUCCCGCUUUCCAUCACCCCACCCCGUUCUCCCGCUUUCCAUCACCCCGCCCCGUUCUCCCGCUUUCCAUCACCCCGCCCCGUUCUCUCGCUUUCCAUCCACCCGCCCCAUUCUCCCGCUUUCCAUCACCCCGCCCCAUUCUCCCGCUUUCCAUCACCCCGCCCCAUUCUCCCGCUUUCCAUCAACCCGCCCCAUUCUCCCGCUUUCCAUCACCCCGCCCCAUUCUCCCUCUUUCCAUCACCCCGCCGCAUUCUCCCGCUUUCCAUCACCCAGCCCCAUUCUCCCGCUUUCCAUCACCCAGCCCCAUUCUCCCUCUUUCAAUCACCCCGCCCCAUUCUCCCUCUUUCCAUCACCCCGCCCCAUUCUCCCUCUUUCCAUCACCCCGCCCCAUUCUCCCGCUUUACAUCACCCCGCCCCAUUCUCCCGCUUUCCAUCGCCCCGCCCCAUUUUCCAGUUUUCCAUCGCCCCGCCCCAUUCUCCCGCAUUCCAUCGCCCCGCCCCAUUCUUCCGCUUUCCAUCACCCCGCCCCAUUCUCCCGCUUUCCAUCACCCCGCUCCAUUCUCCCGCUUUCCAUCACCCCGCCCCAUUCUCCCGCUUUCCAUCACCCCGCCCCAUGUUCCCGCUUUCCAUCACCCCGCCCCAUUCUCCCGCUUUCCAUCACCCCGCCCCAUUCACCCGCUUUCCAUCCCCCCCAUUCUCCCGCUUUCCAUCACCCCGCCCCAUUCUCCCGCUUUCCAUCAGCCCGCCCCAUUCUCCCGCUUUCCAUCACCCCGCCCCGUUCUCCCGCUUUCCAUCACCCCGCCCCAUUCUCCCGCUUUCCAUCACCCAGCCCCAUUCUCCCGCUUUCCAUCACCCAGCCCCAUUCUCCCUCUUUCAAUCACCCCGCCCCAUUCUCCCUCUUUCCAUCACCCCGCCCCAUUCUCCCUCUUUCCAUCACCCCGCCCCAUUCUCCCGCUUUACAUCACCCCGCCCCAUUCUCCCGCUUUCCAUCGCCCCGCCCCAUUUUCCAGUUUUCCAUCGCCCCGCCCCAUUCUCCCGCAUUCCAUCGCCCCGCCCCAUUCUUCCGCUUUCCAUCACCCCGCCCCAUUCUCCCGCUUUCCAUCACCCCGCUCCAUUCUCCCGCUUUCCAUCACCCCGCCCCAUUCUCCCGCUUUCCAUCACCCCGCCCCAUGUUCCCGCUUUCCAUCACCCCGCCCCAUUCUCCCGCUUUCCAUCACCCCGCCCCAUUCACCCGCUUUCCAUCCCCCCCAUUCUCCCGCUUUCCAUCACCCCGCCCCAUUCUCCCGCUUUCCAUCAGCCCGCCCCAUUCUCCCGCUUUCCAUCACCCCGCCCCGUUCUCCCGCUUUCCAUCACCCCGCCCCAUUCUCCCGCUUUCCAUCACCCCGCCCCACUCUCCCGCUUUCCAUCACCCCGCCCCAUUCUCCCACUUUCCAUCACCCCGCCCCAUUCUCCCGCUUUCCAUCACCCCACCCCAUUCUCCCGCUUUCCAUCACCCCGCCCCAUUCUCCCGCUUUCCAUCACCCCGCCCCGUUCUCCCGCUUUCCAUCACCCCGCCCCAUUCUCCCGCUUUCCAUCACCCCGCCCCAUUCUCCCGCUUUCCAUCACCCCGCCCCAUUCUCCCGCUUUCCAUCACCCCGCCCCAUUCUCCCGCUUUCCAUCACCCCUGCCCAUUCUCCCGCUUUCCAUCACCCCGCCCCAUUCCCCCGCUUUCCAUCACCCCGCCCCAUUCUCCCGCUUUCCAUCACCCCGCCCGAUUCACCCGCUUUCCAUCCCCCCCAUUCUCCCGCUUUCCAUCACCCCGCCCGAUUCUCCCGCGUUCCAUCACCCCGCCCCAUUCUCCCGCUUUCCAUCACCCCACCCCGUUCUCCCGCUUUCCAUCACCCCGCCCCGUUCUCCCGCUUUCCAUCACCCCGCCCCGUUCUCUCGCUUUCCAUCCACCCGCCCCAUUCUCCCGCUUUCCAUCACCCCGCCCCAUUCUCCCGCUUUCCAUCACCCCGCCCCAUUCUCCCGCUUUCCAUCAACCCGCCCCAUUCUCCCGCUUUCCAUCACCCCGCCCCAUUCUCCCUCUUUCCAUCACCCCGCCGCAUUCUCCCGCUUUCCAUCACCCAGCCCCAUUCUCCCGCUUUCCAUCACCCAGCCCCAUUCUCCCUCUUUCAAUCACCCCGCCCCAUUCUCCCUCUUUCCAUCACCCCGCCCCAUUCUCCCUCUUUCCAUCACCCCGCCCCAUUCUCCCGCUUUACAUCACCCCGCCCCAUUCUCCCGCUUUCCAUCGCCCCGCCCCAUUUUCCAGUUUUCCAUCGCCCCGCCCCAUUCUCCCGCAUUCCAUCGCCCCGCCCCAUUCUUCCGCUUUCCAUCACCCCGCCCCAUUCUCCCGCUUUCCAUCACCCCGCUCCAUUCUCCCGCUUUCCAUCACCCCGCCCUAUUCUCCCGCUUUCCAUCACCCCGCCCCAUGUUCCCGCUUUCCAUCACCCCGCCCCAUUCUCCCGCUUUCCAUCACCCCGCCCCAUUCACCCGCUUUCCAUCCCCCCCAUUCUCCCGCUUUCCAUCACCCCGCCCCAUUCUCCCGCUUUCCAUCAGCCCGCCCCAUUCUCCCGCUUUCCAUCACCCCGCCCCGUUCUCCCGCUUUCCAUCACCCCGCCCCAUUCUCCCGCUUUCCAUCACCCCGCCCCACUCUCCCGCUUUCCAUCACCCCGCCCCAUUCUCCCACUUUCCAUCACCCCGCCCCAUUCUCCCGCUUUCCAUCACCCCACCCCAUUCUCCCGCUUUCCAUCACCCCGCCCCAUUCUCCCGCUUUCCAUCACCCCGCCCCAUUCUCCCUCUUUCCAUCACCCCGCCCCAUUCUCCCGCUUUCCAUCACCCCGCCCCAUUCUCCCGCUUUCCAUCACCCAGCCCCAUUCUCCCUCUCUCCAUCACCCCACCCCAUUCUCCCUCUUUCCAUCACCCAGCCCCAUUCUCCCUCUUUCCAUCACCCCGCCCCAUUCUCCUGCUUUCCAUCACCCCGCCCCAUUCUCCCGCUUUUCAUCGCCCCGCCCCAUUUUCCAGUUUUCCAUCGCCCCGCCCCAUUCUCCCGCAUUCCAUCGCCCCGCCCCAUUCUUCCGCUUUCCAUCACCCCGCCCCAUUCUCCCGCUUUCCAUCACCCCGCUCCAUUCUCCCGCUUUCCAUCACCCCGCCCCAUUCUCCCGCUUUCCAUCACCCCGCCCCAUUUUCCCGCUUUCCAUCACCCCACCCCAUUCUCCCACUUUCCAUCUCCAUCACCCCGCCCCAUUCUCCCGCUUUCCAUCACCCCGCCCCAUUCUCCCGCUUUCCAUAACCCCACCCCAUUCUCCCGCUUUCCAUCACCCCGCCCCAUUCUCCCGCUUUCCAUCACCCCGCCCCAUUCUCCCUCUUUCCAUCACCCCGCCCCAUUCUCCCGCUUUCCAUCACCCCGCCCCAUUCUCCCGCUUUCCAUCGCCCCGCCCCAUUCUCCAAUUUUCCAUCGCCCCGCCCCAUUCUCCCGCAUUCCAUCGCCCCGCCCCAUUCUCCCGCUUUCCAUCACCCCGCCCCAUUCUCCCGCUUUCCAUCGCCCCGCUUCAUUCUCCAAUUUUCCAUCACCCCGCCCCAUUCUCCCGCUUUCCAUCACCCCGCCCCAUUCUCCCGCUUUCCAUCACCCCGCCCCAUUCUCCCGCUUUCCAUCACCCCGCCCCAUUCUCCCGCUUUCCAUCACCCCGCCCCAUUCUCCCACUUUCCAUCACCCCGCCCCAUUUUCCCGCUUUCCAUCACCCCGCCCCAUUCUCCCGCAUUCCAUCGCCCCGCCCCAUUCUCCCGCUUUCCAUCACCCCGCCCCAUUCUCCCGCUUUCCAUCACCCCGCCCCAUUCUCCCGCUUUCCAUCACCCCGCCCAAUUCUCCCUCUUUCCAUCACCCCGCCCCAUUCUCCCUCUUUCCAUCACCCCGCCCCAUUCUCCCGCUUUCCAUCACCCAGCCCCAUUCUCCGGCUUUCCAUCACCCCGCCCCAUUCUCCCUCUUUCCAUCACCCCGCCCCAUUCUCCCGCUUUCCAUCACCCCGCCCCAUUCUCCCUCUUUCCAUCACCUCGCCCCAUUCUCCCGCUUUCCAUCACCCCGCCCCAUUCUCCCGCUUUCCAUCGCCCCGCCCCAUUCUCCAAUUUUCCAUCGCCCCGCCCCAUUCUCCCGCAUUCCAUCGCCCCGCCCCAUUCUCCCGCUUUCCAUCACCCCGCCCCAUUCUCCCGCUUUCCAUCGCCCCGCUUCAUUCUCCAAUUUUCCAUCACCCCGCCCCAUUCUCCCGCUUUCCAUCACCCCGCCCCAUUCUCCCGCUUUCCAUCACCCCGCCCCAUUCUCCCGCUUUCCAUCACCCCGCCCCAUUCUCCCGCUUUCCAUCACCCCGCCCCAUUCUCCCACUUUCCAUCACCCCGCCCCAUUUUCCCGCUUUCCAUCACCCCGCCCCAUUCUCCCGCUUUCCAUCACCCCGCCCCAUUCUCCCGCUUUCCAUCCCCCCCAUUCUCCCGCUUUCCAUCACCCCGCCCCAUUCUCCCUCUUUCCAUCACCCCGCCCCAUUCUCCCUCUUUCUAUCACCCCGCCCCAUUCUCCCGCUUUCCAUCACCCCGCCCCAUUCUCCCGCUUUCCAUCACCCCGCCCCAUUCUCCCGCUUUCCAUCGCCCCACCCCAUUCUCCCGCUUUCCAUCACCCCGCCCCAUUCUCCCUCUUUCCAUCACCCCGCCCCAUUCUCCCGCUUUCCAUCACUCUGCCCCAUUCUCCCGCUUUCCAUCAUCCCGCCCCAUUCUCCCACUUUCCAUCACCCCGCCCCAUUCACCCGCUUUCCAUCACCCCGCCCCAUUCUCCCGCUUUCCAUCACCCCGCCCCAUUCUCCCGCAUUCCAUCGCCCCGCCCCAUUCUCCCGCUUUCCAUCACCCCGCCCCAUUCUCCCGCUUUCCAUCACCCCGCCCCAUUCUCCCGCUUUCCAUCACCCCGCCCAAUUCUCCCUCUUUCCAUCACCCCGCCCCAUUCUCCCUCUUUCCAUCACCCCGCCCCAUUCUCCCGCUUUCCAUCACUUAGCCCCAUUCUCCGGCUUUCCAUCACCCCGCCCCAUUCUCCCUCUUUCCAUCACCCCACCCCAUUCUCCCUCUUUCCAUCACCCCGCCCCAUUCUCCCUCUUUCCAUCACCCCGCCCCAUUCCCCCGCUUUCCAUCACCCCGCCCCAUUCUCCCGCUUUCCAUCACCCCGCCCCAUUCUUCCGCUUUCCAUCACCCCGCCCCAUUCUCCCGCUUUCCAUCACCCCGCCCCAUUCUCCCGCUUUCCAUCACCCCGCCACAUUCCCCCGCUUUCCAUCACCCCGCCCAUUCUCCCGCUUUCCAUCACCUCGUCCCAUUCUCCCGCUUUCCAUCACCCCGCCCCAUUCUUCCGCUUUCCAUCACCCCGCCCCAUUCUCCCGCUUUCCAUCACCCCGCCCCGUUCUCCCUCUUUCCAUCACCCCGCCCCGUUCUCCCUCUUUACAUCACUUCGCCCCAUUCUCCCGCUUUCCAUCACCCCGCCCCAUUCUCCCGUUUUCCAUCACCCCGCCCCAUUCUCCCUCUUUCCAUCACCCCGCCCCGUUCUCCCUCUUUCCGUCGCCCCGCCCAUUCUCCCGCUUUCCAUCACCUCGUCCCAUUCUCCCGCUUUCCAUCACCCCGCCCCAUUCUUCCGCUUUCCAUCACCCCGCCCCGUUCUCCCUCUUUCCAUCACCCCGCCCCAUUCUCCCUCUUUCCAUCACCCCGCCCCACUCUCCCUCUUUCCAUCACCCCGCCCCAUUCUCCCGCUUUCCAUCACCCCGCCCCAUUCUCCCGCUUUCCAUCACCCCGCCCCAUUCUCCCGCUUUACAUCACCCCGCCCCAUUCUCCCGCUUUCCAUCACCCCGCCCCAUUCUCCCGCUUUCCAUCACCCCGCCCCAUUCUCCCUCUUUCCAUCACCCCGCCCCAUUCUCCCGCUUUCCAUCACCCCGCCCCAUUCUCCCGCUUUCCAUCACCCCGCCCCAUUCCCCCGCUUUCCAUCACCCCUCCCAUUCUCCCGCUUUCCAUCACCUCGCCCCAUUCUCCCGCUUUCCAUCACCCCGCCCCACUCUUCCGCUUUCCAUCACCCCGUCCCAUUCUCCCGCUUUCCAUCACCCCGCCCCAUUCUCUCUCUUUCCAUCACCCCGCCCCGUUCUCCCUCUUUCCAUCACUUCGCCCCAUUCUCCCGCUUUCCAUCACCCCUCCCCAUUCUCCCGCUUUCCAUCACCCCGCCCCAUUCUCCCUCUUUCCAUCACCCCGCCCCGUUCUCCCUCUUUCCGUCGCCCUGCCCCACUCUCCCUCUUUCCAUCACCCCGCCCCAUCCUCCCGCUUUCCAUCACCACGCCCCAUUCUCCCGCUUUCCAUCACCCCGCCCCAUUCUCCCGCUUUCCAUCACCCCGCCCCAUUCUCCCGCUUUCCAUCACCCCACCCCAUUCUCCCUCUUUCCAUCACCCCGCCCUAUUCUCUCUCUUUCCAUCACCCCGCCCCAUUCUCCCGCUUUCCAUCACCCCGCCCCAUUCCCCCGCUUUCCAUCACCCCGCCCAUUCUCCCGCUUUCCAUCACCCCGCCCCAUUCUCCCGCUUUCCAUCACCCCGCCCCAUUCUCCCGCUUUCCAUCACCCAGCCCCAUUCUCCCGCUUUCCAUCACCCCGCCCCAUUCUCCCGCUUUCCAUCACCCCGCACCAUUCUCCCUCUUUCCAUCACCCCGCCCCAUUCUCCCUCUUUCCAUCACCCCACCCAAUUCUCCCGCUUUCCAUCACCCCGCCCCAUUCCCCCGCUUUCCAUCACCCCGCCCAUUCUCCCGCUUUCCAUCACCCCGGCCCAUUCUCCCGCUUUCCAUCACCCCGCCCCAUUCUCCCUCUUUCCAUCACCCCGCCCCAUUCUCCCUCUUUCCAUCACUUUGCCCCAUUCUCCCGCUUUCCAUCACCCUGCCCCAUUCUCCUGCUUUCCAUCACCCAGCCCCAUUCUCCCUCUUUCCAUCACCCAAUCCCAUUUCCCUCUUUCCAUCACUCCGCCCCAAUCUACCUCUUUCCAUCACUUCCCCCCACUCCCCCUCUUUCCAUCACCCCGCCCCAUUCUCCCGCUUUCCAUCACCCCGCCCCAUUCUCCCGCUUUCCAUCACCCCGCCCCAUUUUUCCGCUUUCCAUCACCCCGCCCCAUUCUCCCUCUUUCCAUCACCCCGCCCUAUUCUCCCUCUUUCCAUCAACCCGCCCCAUACUCCCGCUUUCCAUCACCCCGCCCCAUUCUCCCGCUUUCGGUCACCCCGCCCCAUUCUCCCGCUUUCCAUCACCCCGCCUCAUUCUCCCUCGUUAAAUCACCCAGCCCCAUUCUCCCGCUUUCCAUCACUCCGCCCCAUUCUCCCUCUUUCAAUCACCCCGCCCCAUUCUCCCUCUUUCCAUCACCCCGCCCCAUUCCCCCUCUUUCCAUCACCCCGCCCCAUUCUCCCUCUUUCCAUCGCCCCACCCCAUUCUCCCUCUUUCCAUCGCCCCACCCCAUUCUCCCUCUUUCCAUCACCCCGCCCCGUUCUCCCUCUUUCCGUCGCCCCACCCCACUCUCCCUCUUUCCAUCACCCUGCCCCAUUCUCCCUCUUUCCAUCACCCCGCCCCAUUCUCCUGCUUUCCAUCACCCCGCCCCAUUCUCCCGCUUUCCAUCACUCCGCCCCAUUCUCCCGCUUUCCAUCACCCCGCCCCAUUCUCCUUCUUUCCCCAUUCCCCACAGCCGUCAUCGCAGGCGCCGAACAUUUUGGUGCACACAAACAAAGCUGAACUUUCUCUGGUAG